CCCAUUUUACAGAUUCAUCAUUUGAGAACUCUACAUUUUCUCUGUAUUUUAAUCAAUUUCAAAUGGCCCGUACUAAGCAAACAGCUCGCAAAUCCACAGGUGGAAAGGCACCAAGGAAGCAGCUAGCUACCAAGGCUGCAAGAAAGUCAGCUCCGGCAACGGGAGGAGUGAAGAAGCCUCACCGAUUCCGUCCAGGAACUGUGGCUUUGAGGGAAAUCAGGAAGUAUCAGAAAUCUACGGAGUUGUUGAUUAGGAAGCUUCCAUUUCAGAGGUUGGUGAGGGAAAUUGCUCAGGAUUUCAAGACAGAUCUGAGGUUUCAGAGUAGUGCGGUUGCUGCUCUACAAGAGGCUGCUGAGGCUUACCUUGUUGGUCUCUUUGAAGAUACUAAUCUUUGUGCAAUUCAUGCCAAGAGGGUUACGAUUAUGCCUAAGGAUAUUCAGCUUGCUAGGAGGAUUCGUGGAGAAAGGGCUUAAGAUCUUUUUAUUUUUUUUAGGGUUUAAAGCCAUUUUUGUUCAAUAGUUUUGCUUAGACCUCUUGUUGGAAGUUGGAAUGCCAGGCUGAUUAUGGUACAUCUAGUAGAUGUUUUCAGUUCUAGUAUGUGUAAACUGGUGGUUUACUAGAAUUUAGGAAUCUGAGUAAUGAAAUUUGUACUUGUUUUGUUCUAUCAAAGAUCUUGUUAUUACAUCUGUUUGUUAUUUGUGAUUUAUUGAAGAUUGAACCUUAGCUUGUUGAA